ACACUUGUUAUCUGGUAAGCACAUUCGUUUCUGAGACAUGAGCACACUUAGGUUUCUUUUUCUGGCAGUAUAAAUUAGCUGCAGGUUGGUGCUACUCUAACAGCUGGAAGAAGAACUGAAGAGAUGGAUCUUACAGAGGUAAGUCCUGCUACUGAUUUCUGCCGUCACCGAUUAUUUAAUGCAAAGCCCGGAGACCUGAUCGAAAUCUCCCGUGUGUUAUACCAGCACUGGGCCCUCUACAUCGGUAAUAUGGAAGUCGUUCAUCUUACCACUCCGGGCGGUGAUGUUGCCCUGGAGACCACAGGAAAGGUGAAGCGUGAGAUGAUCAAGAAAGUGGUGGGCCAUGAUAGGUUCAAGGUCAACAACCUCCUAGAUGAAAAGUACCCGCCUCGUGAGCCUUACAUCAUCGUGAAGGAGGCCUGUAGCAUGGUGGGUCAGGAGCUGUGGUACUCUCUAACGUCUAGAAACUGCGAGCACUUUGUCACAGACCUGCGAUACGGCAAGGCAGAGUCCCGACAGGUUACCACAGCGGCUGAGAUUGGAGGGACAGUUUUAGCUGUUGGGUUAGCUGCAGCUGCAGCUGCUGUGGUCGCAUACUGGCUCAAAGACGACAACAAAGAAGAAAGGAGCGAAGAAAGGAGAGAAGAAAGGAGACAACCAAGGAGACAUCCAAGGAGACAUUACAAUUGGCAGCAAUGAGACAACAAGAUGGAAGGAAAGAUCCUGCCACUGUUUCAGCCAAUUAACCUGGCACGGAUAAUGAUUUAAACAUUGUGAAUAAAUGGUUGUCUUUGUUGGUGUAACACACACGCAACACAAACGUAUACUGUAUACACACAUAAAAACACACACACACAAUUUGGUUAACAUUAGGCAAGCAUUAUGAAGAAAUAUGAAGUUAUAGUUAAAUCCAUGGCUGUUAUGUUUGAUAUCAGCGCCAAUGUCUGAAAUGUAUAAGAUUCAUUUUGUGUAUAAGACAAUUUUGAAGAUUCAUUGUAUUAAGUAAUCUUACAUAGUAGUAGAAUCUUGAACUUGAUUACUUUAUUGUUUGUUUAAACAAUUAUUUAUUAUAUUGUAUUGAUUUAAAUACAAAAUAAACGGAUUUUCUUUUUAACUUU